AGCCAAAGUACUGAAAGUAGUCGCAGAUUCAAAUUCAGAGAUGAAGAAUAUUGCCAGAGACUCUUCUUUCUUAACUCAUUGUAAUGUAGUUUCGACACCGUCAAUCAAGGAGGGUUUCACUGCAAACCCAAAUAUUGAUGCCUAUAGCUUGCUGCAAUCUGCCCUUCAAGUGUUUGAUGAAAUGUCCAUGAAGAAGAUGAAAACCAUAUCUUUAAGCCAACUAGCAACCAUGACAGCAUCAGUUCCAGUUAUGGUUCGACAACUAAAAGUCCUUCUAAGCUUUGACAAUCUCAAAUGUUUUGAUCCCGGUGGAAUGAUUCCUCUUUUGUUUCUUCCAACUUCUUCUGUUUUUAUUUCGUUCCAAUUUCCAUCAAGAAUGUCAUUGCCAAUACCUCCAGAACCACCUGAUUGGGUUGCCGUUCAAGAAUCAUCACUCCAAUUUCCUCUAUGCGUUACUACCGAAGAUUUCUUGCGUUCAAGCUGGCGAUUGCAAUGUUAUUUACAAGACCUGGCUGCUAUAAGUGAAAGUAAUGGUAGUGUUGAUUAUUUUAAUGGAUUAAUUAAAAUUCUUCUGCAGCAUUCCCAAGAGUUGACACAUGAAUUACAAUUUGUUCACACUUGGAGCUACUUGAGUGAUUUUUUUCAUGAUGUUUGUCUAUAUUCUUUGGGAAAUAUUCACUCCUAUUUUAAUGACUGUGCAAGGGGCAGAAUAUUACAUUUUGUUUUUAAAGCUGGUGGAAUUAAACAUAUCAUUGGAGAGUUAUUGGAUAAGCACUUAAUUUCUCAAUGGUACGAAGCAAAAGAAGUCAGGUUUUGUGCUCCAAACUUUUUAUUAUUCCUUCUUGCUAUCUUUGGCUCUAAAAUUUGGAUCAUGAAUCUUGUUUAUGAGGAGUCUCAAUCUCUCUAUCUAAUGGCCCUUGGUUCAAAUAUUGGGACACAUACGCUAGUGAAGAUCAAGGAUGGCAAGAAUAUGAAAAUGCCAAAUAUUUAUAGACAAAUGGAUAGUUAUUAUGGGGUUUUGACAACAAGCUUCUUCCGGAUUGCAAAGCUCCAUGUUUCUCAUCUUGAUGCUAGUUUAGACAAAGAAAAGGGUGAUAAUAGGGUGUAUCAUGGAGACAAUUUUUUCUUUGUGACUUCUACAAAUUUUUGCUACUUCGGAAAGCAUAUGAUUUUGGAGUCCUUAAAGUGUAGAAAAGAGACAUACAAAGACUUGGUUGCUGUGAUGAUACCUGCAACGCAAGAGUGGUGGAGAAAGUAUCCUUCAAGAAAAAGAAAUUUCAGAUACUGCAAGUAUGGUUUGUUGUGUUUACAUUUAGGAAUCUCAAAUGGAGUUUUCAAUCACCUCAUUGGUCUUUGUAUCAAUAUGGUUGCAAUCCAAAAAAAAUUGAAUCACAAAUUCAAGGUACAAGGGCUGCCUAGUAUAGUUACUAGUGAUUUUAAUAAAUACUUCAUUAGUACAGUUUGGAAGGAACCAUUUCAAAUCCAAGGGGACUCAAUGAUCAAUUCUAUUGCAUCCUCUCCUAAUUCCAAUUUUCUUAGGUUGCUCCAAUUGCUUCUGUUGAAGCUAUGUCAAAAGUCACACUUUGAUGUUGUCAACCUUGCUGUAAAGUCGACUAUUUUGCAUAGGAAAAUGAUCCCUAGAGGACAAUUGCUACUCUCAGCAGUUUAUGUCAACAGACGAAGUGUUAUUGUCACUAAGAUUUUGCUAAAAUGGAGGGAUUUACCACUUAAGCAUGACACUUGGAAAUUUGCUGCCAAUGUUGAUCUUGUUGUGGCUAUUCUACAUAGGAAAAUGAUUGAAAGGGGAAGUGUUCAUGUUCCUUUAGUUCUGCUCAAAUGGAAGACUUUACCUCCGAAGCAUGGUACUUGUGAUUUUUCAUCCUUGAGGACAAGGAUGUUUGAAGGGGAGGGUAUUGUAACAGGAAUAAGUAUUAGGAUAUUAAUUAUUUUGAUAUUAGUUUAUUUUAUGUCAAUUUACUAUUUUAGCCCUGAGGGUUGUAUUUAAAGGCAAUGAGCCUCAUUUGAAAAAUCAAUCAAUGAAUGAACAAAUUAUCUUCUUCUCUAAAAAUAACUCUCAAUUUAUCUUUACAUUUCUCA